UCUCUUGAGCUCGAAUCCUUCAAAGAUACUUGCAUGGUUGAACUCCUCCGAGAUGAAACUAACAACACUAGAACUCUUGGAGAGAUUAUGAAGUUUGCUUUUGGACCUUCAUGGAAUUCUCUUCUCUGUAAAAAUACACUUGUAGCUGAGAAAGUUGAACCUGGCCAUCCUGCGCUUCUUGUGAUUAGCUCUUCUGCUAUAAGAUCCCUGGAACUUCUAAGGGAGUUGAGACCUUUUACUAGAGAAUGCCCUGCUGCAAAGCUUUUCUCUAAGCACAUGAAGAUUGAAGAGCAGGUGUCCGUUCUGAAGAACCGUGUUAAUAUUGCUAGUGGUACACCUAGCAGGAUCAAGAAAUUGAUUGAUAUGGAGGCACUAGGCUUGUCGCGGUUAUCUGUCCUUGUGCUGGAUAUGCAAAUGGAUGUCAAGGGCUAUUCACUGCUAACACUUCCUCAAGUCAGAGAUGAGAUGUGGGAUUUGUACAAGAGCUAUUUUCAUGAGAAAGUACUGGAGGGUACCCUGCGUAUGUGCCUCUUUGGACCAUUACCAAAGAUAUCCGAGGCCAGAAAGGUUGAUGAUGAGUGAUGACUCAUUCUGAUACAACCGUUGCGAGGAUGCUAGUGGGCAAUAAAUGUGACCUGAACAACAUAAGGGCUGUAAGUGUUGAGGAGGGGAGAAGCAUUGCAGAAGCGGAAGGGAUGUUCUUUAUGGAGACGUCCGCCGUCCGCGCUAGAUUCCACAAACGUAAAACAGGCUUUUGAGAUUGUUAUCCGCGAGAUAUAUAACAAUGUUAGCAGAAAGGUUUUGAACUCUGAUUCAUAUAAAGCAGAGUUAUCUGUCAAUAGAGUCAGCCUUGGUCAUAAUAAUAGUAAUGGAUAUGAUGAUGAUGGAUUGAAGCAGAACAAAAACAAGGCUUAUUCUUGUUGUUCUAGGUAGUUAACUGUUUGUCCAAGAAAAAGGUUUUUCGUUUGUUUGACUGUUUGGUGUUUCUGUAAUUUAUUGGUUUGUUUUAAAAUACCAGCAAUUUGUCAAUCACAUUUUAUUCAUACAUCUUUGUGUAAACAAACGAAUCAUUUCAUGAGUUAUGGUCAA